ACGCUGCACGCUAGAUUUCCUGGUGCUGUAAACGCGGCGGCGAUUGAAGUUGGACUUUAACGCUCAGUGACCGGUUAAAGAAAGGCGAUGUAGUCUGCCGGUCACUCAAUCUGCCAUGGCUCUUUCUAAAAAUACAUCCGUCGAAGAUUUUCCCAGUGAUUUUGCAUGGGGAGCUGCAACAGCCGCUUACCAAAUCGAAGGGGCCUGGGAUGUGGAUGGUAGAGGAGCCAGUAUAUGGGAUACUUUUUGCCACAGUAAAGGCAGAGUGUUUGAGGAUCACACUGGAGAUGUGGCCUGUAACAGCUACCAGCUCUGGGAUGAGGACCUGAAGUGUAUCCAGCAGUUAGGACUCACACACUACCGACUGUCCUUCUCCUGGUCACGGCUUCUUCCUGAUGGAACCACACAUUUCAUCAACCCACGAGGUGUAGCAUACUACAGCAAAGUGAUUGAUGAUCUAAUCGCAAGCGCCGUUGUGCCCAUGGUCACCCUGAACCACUUUGACUUGCCUCAGGCUCUGCAGGACCGUGGUGGAUGGAAGUCUCCAGAGAUUGCAGAUGCUUUUGACUCAUAUGCUCAGUUUUGCUUUAGGACUUUUGGGGACAGGGUGAAGCUUUGGAUUACACUGAAUGAGCCUUAUGUGUGUGCUAAACUUGGGUAUGAGAGUGGCCUAUUUGCCCCAGGUCUGAAAGAACCAGGGACCUCAGUCUACCUUGUAGGCCAUAAUUUGCUGCGUGCCCAUGCUAGAGCCUGGCAUAGCUAUAAUACCCACUUUAGAUGCCUACAGCGAGGAAAGGUGUCCAUAGCUCUUAACAGUGAUUGGGCUGAACCUUUAGACCCAUGCUGUACUGAAGAUGUGGCUGCUGCUCAGCGAUACAUGGACUUUAACCUGGGGUGGUUUGCUUGCCCAGUGUUUGGCACAGGAGACUAUCCAGAGUCCAUGAGGUCCAGGAUUGAGGCUCAGAACCUUAAACUAGGACUUAAUGAAGUGCAGCGUUUGCCCAAGUUUUCAGAGGACGAGCCCAAUCCCUUAGGCACGGCAGAUUUCUUUGCACUGAACUACUAUACAUCACGCAAAGUGAAGGACACAAGCUUUCAUCCCAGUGAGCUCAGUUUCAUCGGGGACCAGGGACUGGAGGCUAUAAUAGAUCCAUCAUGGCCAGUGUGUGGUGUGUCCUGGCUUGCGGUUAUGCCUGAAGGACUGCGCAAAUUACUGAAAUACAUAAAGGAGACUUGCAACAACCCAGCCGUUUAUAUCACUGAAAACGGCUUCUCACAGAUUGGGCCUGUGGAAUUUGAAGACAUUGAUCGCUGCCAGUUUUAUCAGGAUACCCUUCAGCAAGUAUCAAAAGCUAUCACAGAAGACGGGGUGAAUGUGAAAGGAUAUUUUUCCUGGUCACUUAUGGAUAAUUUUGAGUGGUCAGAUGGCUUCAGUGUGAGAUUUGGCCUCUUCCAUGUGGACUUCUCCAGCCCUGAGCUAAAGCGCACCAUGUACCGCUCUGGUAGAGAGUAUGCAGCUGCAAUAAAAAGAUAUCGCAGAAAUACCAAGCUGGAUAAGUGAACUCAGCACUUCUAGGAUCUAAAUCAUCUAUACUAGUCACUAAUUGGAAUGUUUGAACCCUGAAUAGCACAAAUAUGUUUUCUAAUGAUUUUUGAUGACAGAUUUUGUAUUUAAAAUGCUGAAAUAGAAAGAAUAUAGACAUAUAGCACCUCUUGAUGCACUGAGUAGUGUAUGUUUAGCUGAUCCAAGGAUUUUUAUAUGAUGUGUGAUCAUGUUGCUGGUAGAGGAGCGUUUACAGUAGCUAAUAACAAAACAGUAGUGAAUUUAUGGGGCUGUGAAGAAUCUAUACAGAUACAGUGCUAGGUAAAAGUCUUUUUAUUGUCUAUAACAGUACAAAUGUUGAUAUAGAUUUAAUGUUGGCUGCAUAAAAUCACUUUAAAAGACUUUUUCCAACAAUAAAA